UGCUCCGAAAGCUCCCGCGCCCACAUAACCAUGUAAUUCCUCCUCCGUUUAUUUACAAAUAUCCCGCAAACUUUGCCGUUCCUGCUCAAGUUUGGCUCGAAAUCGCUUGAUCCGCCGGAUACUGGUACCUCGUGCACCCAUGGUCCAGUGAUCUGCACGCUUGUUUUUGAGGUGACAUGGGGAGCGGCGUUGACAUGUUGGCGUGCGUUUUGGAUUCCGGUUGCUCCGACUCAUGGGACCCCCCACCGGACUCUAUCCUCGAAAUCCCACCCCCACCCAUGCCCUCCUUUUUUCAGAGCAACUUCACCUUAUCUCCCGGUUGCUCCCCUUUUUCCUGCGAUUGGUCCACCGGACACAGCGUUGAAUAUGUCGAGUUACCGCAUCAAGAGACACAACUGGAUGAAACCUGGUUGAUCAUACUUGGAUCCUCGCUAGUCAUAGUUUUGGUGCUAAGCAUUCUGCUAACAAUGUUCCUCAUAAGAUGUCGUCAACUGAAGACGCUGAAGAUCCCCUCGCUGAGCAGCCUGAACGAGGGCGGGAACUGCGAGGCGGUGCUGUACCCGGCCUCGAUGCACGGGCGGGCCUUCUGGGCCACGCUGGGGCCCCACGGGACCAUGAAGCACGUGACGGAGCCCCUCCCGUUCCCGAUCCUGAAGCCGGCCACCAAGAGCUUCGAGAACUGCGGCUUCAUCGAGGCCGAGGACUACAUCUCCAAAGUCAGGCCCCGGGUCUCCUCCCCGACCAGGAUCGAAAACCCCAACCUCCCCCCCCUCAACAUCAACGGGAGCCUCCGCCGACCAUCCUAUCAUACCAUCGGCCGGCAGUAAGCCACUCGCCACCGCGGAAUAACUCCACUUCAUUCUGCAUUUGGCAACUAAAAUUUGGCGUAUUUCUGCCAAACGGAACUAUAUGCACACUGGAAAAAAAACACAUUGGAUCUAGAGUCCAGACUCUUGAAAACAUUGACCAGAAAAAAUGCUCUUGAUUCAAUCAGAUUUAAGCUUAAAUCAAAGGGAAAUCCGCUCAAAUUAAGAGGCUUGGUUCCUGAUUUGGCCUGUUUGAACACGCUGUUUGGCCUGGAGCGGCACGGCGCAGAGAGCAACGAUGGCGAGAACUUGAGAUGGAAAGGAGAAGCCCUAUCGGCGCACCGGACAGCAUGAAUUACAUAUUAGCGCCUGCAAGACUCCAUGAAUACUUCACGCAUUGCGUCAAAAACAGCGCGGUCACUUGGUCAGCAGCGGUCAGCGUGAAACGCAUAGCGCCUACAAGACUGUAGGGAUACUUCACGCAUUGCGCCAAACACAUGUUUUUAAGAAUCUGGACUCUAGAUCCAAUGUGUUUUUUUUCCAGUGCAUUAAGAAAUGAACCCUGACAAACAUAAGAAUACAGGCAUGCAUAACAAGGCUCUCGUUAUAAUGCACAUAGUUCCGUUUGACAGAAAUUCGUUCAAUUUCUGACUCAUCCCUAAAAACACUUAAGUACAUGUGGGGAAACUAAUGGUACAUACGUUGUUUCUAGACUGAGCCAGAGAUUGUAAUUAAAAAUUGCAAAAUGUAAUCCAACUGAGUGGAACCAGCCAUAGGCGUAGCUCAUGGGGGGCAAAGUGGGCCUGGCGUAAGCCCCCGACUUUAAAAUAAUAUCGUCUGACCCUUACUAGAAAAUCUGGAUGACACAGGAUAGCCUGGUUCAUUCCCUCGCUGCAUUGCAGGAAGGCGAUAGGAAAACGGUAAAAUUGUGGGAUGUUUUUCAAGAAUUACUGGAAGAGAUGAACCUUUAAUUUGCAAAUGGCUAGAUUUUGCUUGAGAGUAGCUUUAAAAUGCAUCCCGUGCGUGUGAUCAAUUUUCCGGGAGAGUAACCGCCCUUCCCUCCGAAACCUCCUUGUGUACUAGGGAGACCAGAAGCACUCCUUUUAAAAAAAGGUGGGGGGGGGUGCUACCCUCAGUAGGUUGGUCGAGCUACGCCUUUGAUUGGUAGAAGAAAAUCGAUGACUAAAGUUCGUAUCUCCAUUGCGAUGUUUCAAAAUCUCCACUCCUAUUUUACUUUUUUCGAGGAGGAACAAAUCAACUGCAUGACUUGAAAUUUCUGGCGAAUAUUCUGCUGAUAAAGAAGAAGAGUCGAGGAAGUUUUCAACAAACUAUAAGUUGACUAGUUUUCAAAUGAAAAAAUUAAGUAUGACAGGAAGUCUAAAACGUUGCAAACGGAGAUACGUGGUUUCACACUUUGGCCAUCGAAAUGUUAUAACCAAAGAAACUGUGGCUCCCUCCUAGUUGGGAGCACAGAUAGGUAAAGGCGUCCCUUAAAGAAAGGCUGGUUCCGCCCAUGAAAAUAGUACCCCAACGAGGAAAGCCGAAGGUCGAGGAAGCCUUCCGGGUGGAAGAUAAGUGUAAACCGGUUCUCCAUUUCUGGUUUACACAUGCCUUGACAUGAUUGAUUGAGAUGCUAACACAAAUAGCGACGAUUUUAAAGUUAUCUUUUUAAAUAUUCAAUGGAUGUUAUGUUCCAACUUUAACGCACAAUUACAUUAGGAUGCACCUGUUGAAAGUAUACACCCACUUUGUCAGAAUCCUUAAAAGUAAAUUCCGAGGAACCUCACAAAACACGUACGUCUAUUAUGAUUUCUGUGAAAUAACGGCUCUUCAUAUCAUGAAAAUUUGAGAAAAGGGGGUUGCAGUUUAGGCCCUUCUUAGAAUUUAUAAAGCAUUGAGAGCAAUGGGAAGAAUACUACCUAAUUAUUGCUGUUGUUCAAUCUCUUCCAACUUGACACAGCACAUAUAUUUUAAAACGCUUCCUGUGAAGUGGACUAUUACCUAAUUUAAAAUCUUGUUAGAUCUACUGUUUAAUUUUUCCAGAAAUGUUAAUCAUAGGUUGGGAAUUAUUUCAUUUCAACAUCAGACAAUGGGACUGCGCACAACGCGUAACAAAGCAACACGUCACGUCAAGUUACAAGUGUCUGCUUCGCAAAACGUCUCAGAAGUUCCUUCCAUUUUAAGGCAUGCAACACACCAUACGCAUCGCGCCAACACCUCUUGCGCCGUUAAAUUGUAAAUACUACAGACUUAUCUGAGAACUCUGAAGAAAUGUCCUCCAAAGCACCCCAGCUUACAGUACUCAUCGAUUACUUUUUUUAUUGUUUACCCUAUGCAUCUGUUAAUUUUCUUUUUUUACGUCUUUGUAUUAAUACUCUUAUUUGUCGAUGUCAAAUAAAGCCAUUAACUAUUUAAAUUACGGUUA